CGGCGGCUACGGCGCGGGCUUCCGCGGCGGCUAUGCCAGCGUCGCCGGCGAGGACUGCUGCGCCGCCGCCUGCGGCAGCGGCGCCGGCAUCGGCCCCAGGGGGGCCGUGGACGGCGGCGAGGACUGCGGCUCGUCCUGCUGCGGGGGCGGCCGGGACGUGCUGACCUACGUGGGGCCGGGGGGCGGGUACGCUCAGGAUCGGGACCUCGUACAGGUACGUCGGCAACGGGGCCGGGCUGUUCGGCCUCGUGCGCAUCCCGGGCGCGUCGAGCCGCUGCUGCGUCGUGCUGGUGCCGGUGGGUCUGCUUCUACUUUUGUUGCCCGUCCUCGCCUGGUAUUUCUGGCCGCAGACCACCACCGGCACCACGACGCCGCAGCUCGUCACAACGACCGACGUUGAGCCAUCGACGAUCUCGCUGCCUGCAGCAGGUCCCGCCCCGCCGCCAUGCCAGCGCACGGUGGCGGACAACGAUCGAUUGCGACGAGGAUGACGAGGACUCGUGGAGCGACAUGAAGAAUGAAUAUUGCUGCGACAGGGUUGGAAGGGGCUGCCCGACGACACCGCCGCCGCCGCCGCCGCCCCCGCCGCCACCGCCGCGUCCCCCAGCUCCCGCGGCGCCACCCACGCCAACGACGACCCCGUGUCCCAUCGAUUGCAAUGCAGGCUACAACGACAUGGGACCACUUCAGUGGGUGCACGGAUGGUCUGCGGCCAAGAAGAUCUACUGCUGCAAGACUGCCAGCAAGGGUUGUCCCUCCGAGCUGCCGCCGCCCUCGGGCAGCCCGCCGUCCGGCGUGCCGCCGGAGCCAGAGGAGCGCGAGUACGAUUGCGACGCAGGUUACCACGACUGCCCGAAGUGCCUGGCGACGUCUUGGUCCCCCAAAAAGAUCAGCUGGUGCUGCAAGAACAGGGGCAAGGGCUGCGUGAAUUCCACGUGA